AUGGUCAAUGCACAGAUGGUGAGUGGGUACUUGGACAAUUCGUUCAAUGCACUCGUGGUUUCUGGUGGCGGUGAGAGUGGUGGACAGACACAGAAUGGUGUCACAGACACCACCUUGUCAGGUUGGAAGGACCUCCCCAUGGAGCUUCUGCUGAGGAUCAUAUCAGUCGCUGGAGAUGACAGGAUGGCCAUUGUAGCCUCCGGUGUUUGCACCGGGUGGCGUGAUGCACUAGGAUGGGGAGCCACUAGUCUCUCCUUCUCGUGCCAGGACCACAUGAAUGAGUUGGUGAUAUCACUCGCCCACAAAUUUACAAAGCUUCAAGUCCUUUCUCUAAGGCAAAUCAAGCCUCAGCUUGAAGACAGUGCAGUGGAGGCUGUAGCAAAUUCUUGUCAUGAUUUGCGCGAGUUGGAUCUGAGCAGAAGCUUCAGGCUUAGCGAUCGGUCCUUGUAUGCUCUGGCACAUGGGUGCCCUCGCCUUACAAGGCUGAACAUCAGUGGAUGUUCCAAUUUCAGUGAUGCUGCUUUGAUCUACCUCACUAGUCAGUGCAAGAACUUGAAAUGCUUGAAUCUAUGCGGGUGUGUGCGGGCAGCAUCCGACAGAGCGUUGCAGGCUAUAGCCUGCAACUGUAGUCAGCUGCAAUCUUUGAACCUUGGUUGGUGCGAUACUGUCACUGACGGGGGAGUCACUAGCUUGGCAUCAGGAUGUCCUGAACUUAGGGCCGUCGACUUGUGUGGCUGCGUUCUUAUAACAGAUGAGAGUGUGGUUGCUCUUGCAAACGGCUGCCCUCACCUGCGUUCCCUGGGGCUGUACUACUGCCAGAACAUCACCGACCGUGCCAUGUACUCGCUGGCAGAGAACAGCCGCAUCAGGAGCAAGGGCAUGAGCUGGGACACGGCUAAGAACAGCCGCGGCCGCGACGACAAGGACGGCCUCGCCAGCCUGAACAUCAGCCAGUGCACCGCGCUGACGCCCCCGGCAGUGCAGGCGGUGUGCGACUCCUUCCCGGCGCUCCACACCUGCCCGGAGAGGCACUCCCUCAUCAUCAGCGGCUGCCUGAGCCUCACCACCGUGCACUGCGCGUGCGCCCACCACCGGCACCGCGCCGGGGCCGGGAGAGCCAUCCUGUCUAACCAUGCCUACUGA